UGCACAUGCUGAUAGACUUCCUUGAAGUCAGCUGAUUAGGGUACCACCCAGUUAUUUUCCACAUCUAUUUAUUCGCCCAUCGCCGCCAGUAGCAGCACUGCAUGAGUUGUGGCUUUGAGAGUCGUCUUUCAGUCAAAAAAGGAUACGCCCGUGUAACUACUGAAGUGAGUAUUUAGUACUAAGUUUUUAAAAAUAUAUUUUCCUUUUAUAAAACAAUCCUUAAACUGUUAUGUAAAUACUCUGCAAUCGUCCAUAUUUAUGUUAUCGAAUCCCUUUCAUCCCGUUAUCAACACUUAUCAACCCUUUGGCGGUGCCCUCCCAAUAGUGGUGGCGGCUACGGCCAACACCCUGGAUUCUAAACUUCUAAAGAUCUGAGAAAUCGUGUAACUCAAUGAUUGGUUUCUUCUAUAAUGUAUGUAUUACUUAUCCAAGGGAUAACGCGCGGUUUCACUCUAUGACAAUCAUAACCUAAUUUAUGUGGGAUCCGCCUUGUUUUUAGAUGGUCAUUAAUUGAAUGGUAAUUGAGUUAUGUUGAGUUAAUUGAAUAUAAUAUUUGAAUGGUGCCUGGUAAUUUAUACGUUUAUGAGCUUUUCUACUGUAUUUAUUUACAGUAUUUAGAACUGUUAGAAAAGUUAUGCAAUUGAUUCAAAUUUUAUUUUUGUGUAAAUAAAGAAUCUCGUCAUAGGCAAUGGAUUAAGUUCUUAUAAAAAUAUUUACAGUGAUUUAUGGUUUACAUCUUAAUAUCUGUAAAUAAAUGCUCUAUCUAAAUUAUAUAAUAAUUCAAAACUAAAUGUUUGUAUUUAAAAUUAUCUUAUGGUAAUUAAUGCAUCAGUAACAUUUGUUACUUAUAUACCUUCCUACCUAUAAUUACAAAUUAAAUGUUUUUUAAUAUUUCCUAUUUUACGUUAUAAUGUGGAAUUCUAUUGUAUCAUGCUGGGGAUUAUUGGGUAUAAUAUUUUAUUUAUUUAUAGGAGUUUUAGGAAUUAAUUAGGAUUUAUUUUCAUAGAUUUGUAUUUUAAGGGAUUAAUUUAAAUGUGGAAGCUAGUUUUUAUCUAAUUGUGCUAAAUAUAUGAAUUAUACUUUUUCUUUAACUAUACCUAUAAUCUAAAUAGUUGCAUAAUGCAUUGUUAUUCAAAAUAAAAACAAAAUUUCAAAUUGUAUAGAAUAAAUUAGGUAUAGUACAAACGAAUAUUAUCUUCGACUUGACAAUUGUAUUUUUAAUCCAAGUUUUAAUUUAUAUACAUAUUAUUUAUUAUUUAUUAACUAUUAAAAGUGACAAUUUUUUUUCAUUUAAUAUAGAUAAAAAUCAUACCAAAAUGACUUCGUUGAAGACGUUUGAGGAUGAAGACCGAGAAAGUUCAUAUGGAUUUGUAUUUGCCGUAUCUGGGCCCGGUUAGCAAUUUUUGUUUUUUUAAAAUUUUUUUUUGUAUUGAUAUAUGUGUAUAAAUUUGUUUUCAUUACUUAUACUUGAGUUGAUUUUUUUAUUUUAGUUGUUACGGCCGAAAAAAUGUCUGGAUCAGCUAUGUACGAAUUGGUUAGAGUUGGUUACUUUCAAUUGGUUGGUGAAAUUAUUCGUUUAGAGGGUGAUAUGGCUACAAUUCAGGUAAACUAAAUUUAAAUUAUUAUUUUAUUGUACAAAUAUUAACCAACUUUGAAACAUAAUUAUAAAGGUUUAUGAAGAUACAUCUGGUGUAACUGUUGGUGACCCGGUCUUAAGGACUGGAAAACCACUUUCUGUAGAAUUAGGACCUGGAAUAAUGGGAAGUAUUUUUGAUGGUAUUCAAAGACCAUUAAAAGAUAUUAAUGAGCUUACCCAAAAUAUUUACAUCCCCAAAGGCGUCAAUUUACCUGCUCUAGCUCGUAAUGUUUCAUGGGAUUACAAUUCGUCCAAUAUCAAGAUUGGAAGCCAUAUAACUGGAGGAGAUCUUUUUGGUCUUGUUCAUGAAAAUACUCUAGUUAAGCAUAGAUUAAUGUUGCCACCUAAAGCUAAAGGAACAGUUGUGUACCAAGCUCCACCUGGAAAUUAUAAAGUUGAUGUAAAUAUAAUUUUAAAUUCAAUGUACUAAAACAAAACUACAGUGGUUUUUAUUUUAAAGGAUAUUAUAUUGGAGACAGAGUUUGAUGGUGAAAAAUCGUCAUUUUCUAUGUUACAAGUGUGGCCUGUACGUCAGCCUCGUCCAGUUACUGAAAAAUUGCCUGCUAAUUAUCCACUUUUAACUGGCCAACGUGUAUUGGACUCACUAUUUCCGUUAGUUUAAAAAUAUUAGUUCGUGUAUAUAUAUAUACAGUUUUUAUAUUAUUUUAGUUGUGUGCAAGGUGGAACAACUGCUAUUCCUGGAGCUUUUGGUUGUGGAAAAACUGUAAUAUCUCAAGCUUUAUCUAAAUAUUCAAAUUCAGAUGUAAUUAUUUAUGUUGGUUGUGGAGAACGUGGUAACGAAAUGGCUGAGGUAAAAUUUUGUAUAUAUUUAUAAAAUUAAAUUUCCUUGAUAUCUUACCAUAUUUAUCUCGGAUAAUAGUUUUAAAAACUAUUUUGGUGUUGAAGGCUUGUGGUGGAGAGUAUUGUGGUAUAGGAAUAAUACUGUUCAUUAAAUCAGUCAAUUAAAACUGAUCAAAGUUGCUGACCAGUCUUAAAGUGAACAAACUUUAAAUAUAUAUAUAUAUGUAUAAUUAAUAUUAAUACAAUUUAAUUUUACCUAAAUUAACUGAACCUUAAACCAGUCUUAAAAGUUACAAAUAUUUCUCAGUUGAAAUUACAUCUUUUUGAAAUUGUGAUUUACUGCUCUUUUUGUAGUAUUUUCGCCAUUUUUUUGUAACAGUCAAACUAUACAUAAUUUUCUCCACCAGUAAUUCUGAAUACAUUUUCUAAAUUUUAGUUUAAUAAUUUAUUUCUAAGUUGACAAUGAACCUAUAAUUGUUUUAUUGUUUUUGUAACUUAUUUAAUGUAGAUAUUUAAUCUAUUACCAGUUUCUCCUUAAAUCAGUUUUAUUGAUAAUAAAUUAAUUUGUAUUAAUUAUUUUUUAUUAAUAAAUUAAUUUUGUAUUAUUAGGUAUUAGGUGAUUUCCCAGAAUUGUCUAUUGAAGUUGAUGGUGUUACUGAAUCUAUAAUGAAAAGAACUGCAUUAGUUGCUAACACUUCAAACAUGCCCGUAGCUGCUCGGGAAGCAUCUAUUUAUACUGGUAGAAACGAAUACUUAAUUAUAUUUGGAAUCUAAAAAAUAUUAUAAAAAUGUCCAAUAAAAUACUCCUGGAUAUUAAGACUCUUGGGUUCCCUUAAGAGUUGUCUUAGUUUGACCUAGUAUUCUGCUUGUAGAAAUUAUGAGUAUUAUUAAUUAAAUACCUUUUUUUUUUUUUUUUUUUAAUUUAAACAAAAUAUUUUAACAAUUUUUAGGUAUUACAUUAUCUGAGUACUUCAGGGAUAUGGGAUAUAAUGUCUCUAUGAUGGCUGAUUCAACAUCUCGUUGGGCUGAAGCUUUGCGUGAAAUUUCUGGUCGUCUUGCUGAAAUGCCUGCUGAUAGGUAUUCAAUGAAUACAAAUAUUUAUCAUCAAUUCAUUCGAUUUUGAAAAUGUUUUUGUUUUUUUAAUUUUAGUGGGUAUCCUGCAUAUUUGGGAGCUCGUUUAGCUUCAUUUUAUGAAAGAGCUGGCCGAGUAAAAUGUCUGGGUAAUCCUGAACGAGAAGGUUCAGUGAGUAUUGUUGGAGCUGUUAGUCCCCCAGGGGGUGACUUCUCUGAUCCAGUUACAUCAGCCACUUUAGGUAUUGUGCAAGUGUUUUGGGGGCUGGACAAGAAAUUGGCCCAACGUAAACAUUUCCCCUCAAUCAACUGGCUCAUUUCAUACAGGUAAUAUUUUAGAAUAAAUUCUGAUUUAAUAUGCUAUCACUGAUAUUUAUCUACAGUGUGAUUAUUUCAAAGCAAUUAUUUUUAACAUCAAUAGAAUAACGUUGAAUAAAUAAAUCUCAAGAAUUUGUAUUGUUUAUAUUAUCUAUAAUUAUUCAUGUGUUUCAGGAUAUUCUCAGUUUGAAUCCAUAAAUCUCUCAUGCUAAACUUUUAAAUUAAUUAAUUUAUAUUUUAUUACCUAUUAAAAAAAAAUGCUCAUUAAAUCAAGUGAUAUUAUUAUAAAACUUGUAAAAAUUGAAUUAUAUUGUAUCAAACAUAAUACUUACUAUUUUAAUUGUUUAAAUAGUUCAUCGGAACAGUACUUAAUUUGUAUACCUUUUUUUAUUUGAAAUAGAAUAUAUUAUAAUACUAUUUGAAAUAAUUUUUAUUCUAGUAAAUAUACACGGGCUUUGGAUGAUUUCUAUGACAAGAACUUCCCUGAAUUUGUACCUCUAAGAACCAAAGUAAAAGAGAUUUUACAAGAAGAAGAGGACUUAUCUGAAAUAGUACAGUUGGUUGGUAAAGCAUCGCUAGCUGAAUCUGACAAAAUUACAUUAGAGGUUGCUAAACUAUUAAAAGAUGACUUUUUACAACAAAACAGGUAUUUGGUUAAAACCAAUUAUAAUAAUAUUACUAUUAUCUAUCAUAGAUUAUUAUGUUCAUAUUUUCUAUUAGCUAUUCACCUUAUGAUCGCUUUUGUCCAUUUUACAAAACUGUUGGAAUGUUACGAAAUACAAUCGCUUUCUAUGACAUGGCCCGCCAUGUUGUUGAAUCAACUGCCCAAUCUGAAAAUAAGAUAACUUGGUCUGUUAUCAGAGAUAGUAUGGGUAAUAUACUUUACCAGUUAUCAUCCAUGAAGUUCAAGGUAAAAUCUAAAUCUUGUGCCAAAAUAAUUUUUAAAUUAAACAUAAUUAUAUUAUAGGACCCAGUUAAAGAUGGCGAGGCUAAAAUCCGUGCCGACUUUGAUCAGUUAUAUGAUGACAUACAGCAAGCAUUCAGAAAUCUGGAAGACUAAAAAGUUUAUUUUACGUUAAUUCACCGUUAUUCAAAAACAAAAUAUUAAAAGUUUGUAAAAAUGAAAAAAUAAUAUAUUUUAAUAACUUGUUAUUGUUUACUCCAGCUUCAUACAAAAUUAGUGCACAUCAUAGAUGAAACUGGUAAUGGAUGUGAAAUUUUUUUUGUUUUAAAAUGUAUUGUUUAUGUCACCAUCUGGAGAUAUUUCUAUUUUUAUGUUUAUUUCAUUUUGUUUGUCAUUCCAUUUUCGUAGAUUUCUAUGCUAGUAAGUGAAUUUAUUAUUUUAUAAUUUAUUUUUAAAUUCGACAAUAAGCAACCAAACCAUAUGAAUUUUAUAAAUUCAUUGAUGUUUCAUCAUUAAUCAUUAUUUAAAGAUAUGAAUAUACUCAUUAUGUAAAUACAAAUUACUUAUCACCAGAUUGCCUAUUUUACUUUGAUAAUGAAAUAGUUCAAUUAAAAUAAUUAACUAUUCUAUUUUCAGGCAAAUUUAAAAUUUUAAUAUAAUGAUCAAUUAAAUCUAAAUUAAUUAUUUUUUCCAUAAAUUAAAAAUAGUAGUCAAAUAUCAUAGUGUUUAUUUUCUUGAAACCCAAAUAAUUAUUGUCCAUGUUUUUUGGUGAGCCAAAUACGUUUUUUCGUCAUGAAUGAUUGUUUUGUUGUUUUUAAUUAUAUUAUAAUUAUAUUAUAGUUUAUGAAUUAUAUUAAAUAAUGUAGGGGUUUUAUUCUUAUGAAAAAGAUACCAUUUUAGAUUACUCAGUAAAUUAAAUAUUUGUAAAAUAUUAUUAGGUAAUCUGUUAUCGAUGAUAAUUAACAAAUACAUUCCAAAUUUAUUGUAU